UAGUUGUAAUUUCACCAUGAUUAUAUCUAAAUCGUCUUCUUUCCGUUAAUCAUUAACACUAUAUAAACAUCCGUUUCGAUUCUUCCACUGGUUCUGAGCCGGCAUAAUAUCAAUUUUUGUACUGUAAAAAUGUCGAGUAAGAAAAAAGCCGAAGGAAUUGCUCUGCUUUCUCUGUACAAUGACGAAGACAUGGACGUUGAUGAAGACAUGGAAGAAGACGAAAAUGCAGACGAAGAUAAUUCUCCAGUCUUAUCGUCUCCUUCGCCACAAGCUUCUGUAGCCUUUGAAAAGAACCCCUCGAAAAGCCCUUCUCCUGCGAUUACAAGUCCUGUUGAGGCACAACGGCCCAGCAAAGGUGGUCUGGGAAUUGUUGAUUACGCUCACGAUGAAACGGCCGUAUCUCCCGAGCCCGAGGAGGGUGAAAUUGUUAGCACUGGUGCAGCUGUUUUUGGUCAAGAGCCUCAGGCUGGAAAUGGAGACCCUACAGAGAAGACACCACCAGCAAUGGGUCAACACUUGACUCCUGGUAAAACUUCAACCUCUCAACCAGGUUUGCUGGCAGAAGCUCUUGCUAAGCCCGAAAGUGAUACACAAUCACUUGAUUCUGCUACAACAAAAGAACCUGAAAUUGAAGCUUCUUCUGAGUUUAAUGGAUUAGCCAAAAUGGAGCUGCAACAACCAGAUCAGGAUCCUCUGGCAGAUUUUCUUCCACCACCUCCAACAAGCAAGUGCUCAGAGGAGCUACAAAAUAAGAUCAAUAGAUACCUUAUGUUAAAGAAUGCUGGAAGAAGCUUCAAUGAAGAAUUGCGCAAUUCAAAGGGUUAUCGUAAUCCUGACUUUUUGCAACGGGCUGUUAAGUAUCAGGAGAUAGAUCAAAUUGGUAGCUGUUUCAGAAAGGAUAUAUUUGAUCCACAUGGAUAUGACCCAAGUGAUUACUAUGAUGCUUUAGCUUUGGAGCUUAAGCGUGAACUAGAAAGAAGAGAACAAGAAAAAAAGAAGAGUCAAAGAGUAGAUUUUGUUCAUGGAGUGCAACCUGCAUCAGUACAACCAGUACCAAAGCCAGUCGUACAAGUUCUUGGUGGUCAGAAAACUACUGCUGGGGUGAUGGCUGCCAGUACGAAUGUGUCAUUGCAGACUGCUACAUCAGCUACUGACAAUACAAAGAUAGAUAAUAGGAACAAGAAAAGCAAGUGGGACAAGGUUGAUGGUGAUAGGAAGAAUCCUUUACCACCUGGAGCACAAGAUGCAAUGGCUGCUGCAACUGCACAUGCUGCUUUGUUAACUUCUGCUAAUGCUGGAGCUGGUUACACCGCAUUUGCGCAACAAAAGAGAAAAGAAGCCGAGGAGAAAAGAUCACAUGAGAGGAGAGUAGAGAGGAGAUCAUAAUAGACUGUAAGAUGCUAUCAAGUAAAUUGUUGUACUAUAUGUCUCAGCAUGGGCCUUUCCAUGUGCUGAUUAUGACUGUGGCAGCAAGUAAUUUAUAGGACUAACCACGAGCAAGAAGCAAAUCCACAGUGACUACUUUCGGCACCUCAGGUUGUGUACUUGAAUAUGUAUUGAAUAAUGUGUACAAAAUGAGAAAAGGAAUAACAAAAGUAAGGAGCAAUUUUGGAAAGAUCAAUCAUAAUCUGCUGACUGCAAUUUAGUCCAUGCAUUUGGUUCGUGGAAUCUUCAUUAUGAAUUAUCAUAAGUUGUAUUAAUUUUCUUGGUAUUGACGUAAAAUUAGAAUCAUUUUAUACCUUUACAAAAGGCCUACGUGUUAAAAGAUGUUCUCAGACAGCAAUUUUUACUUUGCCUAUAUA